CCGUGAGAAAGCAAAAGGACGACGACGACCACAAGACACAAGACUGACGGGAAUAAAACCAGCUGCCAUGUCUAGUCUACAGGCAAGGCAAGCAGUAGCCAGGCUGCCGAGACCGCUGCUCAAUUUCUUCAAAGCGCAUCCACCUGCAUCCAGCACAAGCUGGUCUUCAAAACCCAGUGCGGACAAGAUUACCCAAACUGCCUCAACCGAGUCUGCAUCGCCGGCCGCUAGACCGCGUGCAAACCCUUUUCAGCCCUCCAAAAACACCUAUACGCUUCGUUUCAAUGAGCCACGCUAUUCCAUUCGGAGGCAGCAAGAUCUUCUCAAGCUUGCGCAGCAAUAUCAGAUCGCUCAUUUACUACCAGAGACAAUGAAGCAAGCGCGCAUUGCCAAAGCGCUUGCGAAGAGUAAAACGCUUGAUGUGGAGGGGAAUAAAGUCAAGACGCCUAUGCGCGGGCUCGUCAAGUGGAAGGGCACCAAGAUGGAGCGCACACGACAUGAACGUCGUGAAACGAUUCAGGCCAAAUUGGCAACGGCGCGGUCGAUGCUCAAGGCACGCAAGGCAAGGACCAAGGUCAAGCAUGCAAAGGCGAGAAAGGUGCGUUAAAUUGACACGACUGGCAAAAGAUGUGUUUCUAUAGAAUAUUACGCAUAGGUUGUCAGUCCAUUUCAUGCAAAUUGAAUGCAAGACUGUGACGAUGUUGCUGGAAAAAUGACAAGGAGGGGGUUCAUAACCGCAAGAGCUUGUAAAGACACCUCGCAAGGUCGUGCUCUACAGCUCCGGACGCAUCUUCCUGCGCCGUUUCUGCUCCAAGUGACGCGAAUCGGGAGAAUGAACACGCAUGUGCUGC